CGGGGCUCAAACGGGGGACGGGCAUGGGGCAUGGAUUCCUCCGCCGGGCUCCGCCCUGCGUGGGCAUUGUGGGGCUUGAAAUGGGCAUUCCGAUGCCCGUUUUUCUGCAAGUUGGCCGCAGAACACCCACGUCGAAACCAAUAGGAAUUGGCCAGUUGGAUGUCGAAACCAUCGGAUUCUCAAAUCCGAAUCUCAAACAUCACACCCCAAAAGAUGAAUUACACGAGCUUGCCGCAACAUGGGCUGUGGUUUUGCGCUUGCUGCUCAAUCGCUGCGAGGUGCCCAAGCCAAUUGUUAGCCUAGAGAUCACAUUCUCUCCGUGUGUGUGAGAGCUAGAGGCAGUUGCAGCCACUUCUUCCAGCGCAUCGGUGUCAUGGCGCUGGAAGCUGCAGCGAGCGCCGCCGUUGCUGGAGGCACGGCUUUAGUGAGGGCAUUUACGCAUGAGCGCCGAUGCCUGGUGAAGGUGAACGUCCCAUCCAGCAUCACAUCAUGGACAGAAGAGGACCGCUAUGAGAGUACGGGCAAUCUCAGUUGGGGCUACACUCCGGGGGAAGUGGAGGUGGAGUUCUUCAAUGACGGUUCUUUCAGUGGUGCCGUCAAAUUGAAGUCCGACACGGGUGAGUACCUCAUCAUCGCGUCUUCCAACCCUCACUUCGGUGGCAACAAGACGCGUGCCUACUUCGGGGACGGGUCCAGGAAGACUUAUGAUGUGUGGGAUGACAUGGGCUCGUGGGGAGAGGUGGAUACAGUGGAUGGCGUGGUGAAUGAACGGGUGCGCAAGGGAAACGAGAGGGAGCGGUACGACAAUCCCGGCUUCUUCCACUACAUUUGCGGCUGAGCAGUGGCAGUUCGCUCAGCGAACUCAGAAGAUGGGUCCAUAAUGGUCCACAUCACUUUUUGAAAACAGAAUGCCCAUGACAGCCCUCUGGCCGUCCCGCCACCAGCCCACUUUCUUUGUGAAAGACUCGUGAGGCUGCGCAAGCUCUGCCAGUG